CGCUGCACACACACCAAGGGCGAGGAAAUUGCCUUGCAAUAAACAAUAGCCUCCUGUCGCUGCACCGCCAGCGCCUCCUGCCGAGGUCAGCCCCUCGGGAGCUGUCCAGCCCCGCCGGGAGCGCGCCGCUCCGCAGCGGCAGCCAGAGGGGCGGCUCUGUGUGCAGCCUGGCUUGCGGAGCUCCGCCGCCUCCGCCCAGCCAGGCGCUGUCCCUCCCCCGGGGUGCUGAGCCGGAGCGCCGGGGGCCACCCUGGGGCAUGGGAAGGGAAGGCGGCAGCGAGCCCCGUCCUCGCCCCGUGCCCCGCCUCGGCGGGCCUGUCUGCUGACCCGGCGGACCCGGCCAUGGAAGAGGAGCUGAAGUGCCCGGUGUGCGGCUCGCUGUUCCGGGAGCCCAUCAUCCUGCCCUGCUCCCACAACGUCUGUCUGCCCUGCGCCCGCACCAUCGCCGUGCAGACGCCCGAGCGCGAGCAGCACCUGCCCGCCUUGCUGCAGCCCCGAGCCCCAGCGGCGGCGGCAACCGCGGGGGCGGCGGGGCCCGGGCCGGCGGCGGGCUCGGAGGCUGAGUGCGCCGCGGGAGGCGGCGGCGGGGAGCACGCGGACAAGCUGAGCCUGCACAGCGAGAGCGACAGCGGCUACGGCUCCUACACCCCCAGCCUCAAGUCCCCCAACGGGGUGCGGGUGCUGCCGCUGGGGCCGGCCCCGGCCGGCUCCUCCUCGGCGGCUCUUCCCCGCGGGGCGGGCCCCAGCUCGUCCCUCACCUGCCCGCAAUGCCACCGCAGCGCCUCCCUGGACCCGCGCGGCCUCCGCGGCUUCCCGCGCAACCGGCUGCUGGAGGCCAUAGUGCAGCGCUACCAGCAAGGCCGGGCCGCCGCCAAGUGCCAGCUCUGCGACCGCAGCCCGCCCGAGGCGGCCACCGUGGCGUGCGAGCAGUGCGAGGUGCUGUACUGCGCCGCCUGCCAGCUCAAGUGCCACCCGACCCGGGGGCCCUUCGCCAAGCACCGCCUGCUGCCCCCGCCCAGCCUCCCGGGCGGGCCCGGCAAGGCGGCGGGGGGCGCCCGCAAGUUGCCCACCUGCGCCGAUCACGAGCUGGAGAACUACAGCAUGUACUGCGUGAGCUGCGGCACCCCCGUCUGCUACCAGUGCCUGGAGGAGGGCAAGCACGGCCAGCACGAGGUGAAAGCCCUAGGGGCUAUGUGGAAACAGCACAAGACACAGUUGUCUCAGGCUUUAAAUGGUGUUUCAGAUAAAGCAAAGGAAGCUAAAGAAUUUUUGGUUCAGCUGAAAAAUAUAUUGCAGCAGAUACAGGAAAAUGGGUUGGAUUAUGAAGCUUGUCUGGUUGCUCAGUGUGAUGCCCUGGUUGAUGCAUUAACUCGUCAAAAGGCAAAACUGCUCACAAAAGUUACCAAAGAGCGUGAGCACAAAUUAAAGGUUGUUUGGGACCAAAUAAAUCACUGUACUCUGAAGCUACGUCAGUCAACAGGGCUUAUGGAAUACUGUCUGGAAGUAAUCAAAGAAAAUGAUCCCUCUGGUUUUUUACAGAUUUCAGAUGCUUUAAUCAAACGUGUUCAGGUGUCUCAGGAACAGUGGGUCAAAGGAGCCUUGGAACCAAAAGUAUCAGCUGAAUUUGACCUGACUCUGGAUAGUGAACCUUUACUACAGUCAAUUCACCAGCUGGAUUUUAUUCAGAUGAAAUGUAGGGUUCCCAUUACAGUGCCACCAGUCCCGUUACUGCAGCUGGAGAAGUGUUGUACCCGAAACAACAGUGUGACACUGGCCUGGAGGAUGCCACCCUUUACCCACAAUCCAGUGGAAGGGUAUAUCUUGGAACUUGAUGAUGGAGAUGGCGGCCAAUUCCGAGAAGUGUAUGUUGGCAAGGAGACCCUAUGCACAAUUGAUGGCCUUCAUUUCAACAGUACCUACAAUGCAAGAGUCAAAGCUUUUAAUUCAUCAGGAGUUGGCCCUUAUAGCAAGACAGUUGUUUUACAGACAUCUGACGUGGCCUGGUUCACCUUUGACCCCUCUUCAGCCCAUCGGGACAUAGUCCUAUCGAAUGACAACCAGACUGCCACUUGUAGUAGUUAUGACGAUCGUGUUGUUCUGGGCACAGCGGCCUUCUCCAAGGGAGUACAUUACUGGGAACUGCAUGUGGAUCGUUAUGAUAACCAUCCAGAUCCGGCUUUUGGAAUUGCCAGAAUUAAUGUGGUCAAGGACAUGAUGCUAGGAAAGGACGACAAGGCGUGGGCCAUGUAUGUUGACAACAACCGCAGCUGGUUCAUGCAUUGCAAUUCUCAUACAAGUCGGUGACUCUGCACACAGGACUGGAGGUGCCACAGAGUGUAAGACAGCCAAAGCUACCCAGUAACUAACUGAGCUCCUGCUGCCUAACCCUAUGCUGGAUUUUGUAACCUUUCUAAAUACAAUUUGUCAUUAUUCGCUGUCAGUAGAAAAGCAGUGUCAUCCCUAAAUUAGACUAACACUUACGCAGAACUUUGCUAACUAGCACUGUGUGAUCUGAUAAUUAACAUUAAUCCACAUCCAUUUUUAAUUUCACACUGGUAACAAGAAUGCUUAUAGAAUGUUUUUUUUGUAUUACAAUGGGUGUGCAUUCCUGCAUUUUAGUACAAAAGCACAUAUAUACAGCACACUAUGGACACAUAGUGACAGCUAAAAUGAGCACAUUUUCCCUUUCAUAAUUGGAUGUGCGCUUCACAUGAUUAUUGUGAAUAGAUGAUUAACAGUGAGGGCAAUUAAUCAUCGGAACAAUUUAUCUAGGGAGGUGAUGGAUUCUCCAUCACUUGAGUUCUUUAAAUCAAGACUGGUUAUCUUUUAAUAGCUAUGCUAUAGUUCAAACAGAAGUUAUGGGCUUGAAGCAGAAAUUACUGGGGGAGGUUCAUUGCCCUGUGUUAUGCAGAAGGUCCCUUCUGGCCUUAAAUGCAUUUAUUAAUUAUGCUCCCACUGACUUCAAUGGCAACAAGAUUAGGCCCUAUGUACUUUUAUACAAAAUUAGUGCUCAUUUUAGUUAGCACUAGGGUAUAUACCUAGUGGUGGUUAAAACUGCUCAAUAAACCUUAGUACUUCUCAUUUCAGUGUGACUGCAGUGGCUUUUGGGCUCACAAACAGGAGAACUCAUUUCAGUUACCAGCAACAAUCGUCUUCUGAAAAGGGAGCAGAGGAGAGUCCAGAGAAGUGAUCACAGAUGUUUCUUUAAAAAUGGUAUACACAAAAUAGACUGUGUUGGGAAGAGGAGUGAUACUUUAUAGCCUUGAUCCUGAUAGGUGCUGAGCACCUGCAGUGCCCGUAGACUUCCCUGGGAGCUGUGGAUAGGCAACAUCUCUUGGGAUCAAAGGUCUUAAUUUUCUACUCAGCUGGGAUGAACUAAUUAAGGCCCUGAUCCAGCAAAGCACUUAAGCACGUGCUCAAAUGCUUUGCUGAACUGGGGGCCUAAAAAUCUUGUAGGUUUUGACUUUAUCCUGCAACUCAGGAAUUUUGUGGUCACCUCAAACAUAUUAAAAUGAGAAGCCUUGUCAAAUGGCAUCCACAAAAGUAAGCGACUGAUUGGCCACUGAUGGUUUCAAUCCAUGGCAAUACUAGACAGCACCUUUGCCAGCAUGCAGUCAGCAGUAAAUAUUUUGAUUCUCAAUUUCUUUCUCUCUCUCAACAAAAUAAUGUGUGCAUGUGUGUAUUUUUCGGAGGGAAGAGUGGUUAACUGAGCUAAUUUAUAGUAGCAAGCCCCAACAGAUUGCAUCAUGACACUGCACCUAGAACUCUGCCCUCAUGAUCCAGCCUAAAUGUGGUGCUAAUAAACAGAAACACCAUAGCCUGCUGCAUACUAUUGUUAUACUGUUUCCUUUUUAAUCAUGCUUCCUACACACACACACACAUCUGUACACAUACACAUGUGUACACCCAUGCCCUUUAUAUAUAUAUAUAUAUGGCACACAGAUUUUAAUAUGUUGUGUGGUCAGUAUACCUGAAAAGCAAUUUUUAAACCAAAAUUCCAGCUCACUGCCUUGUGUAAAACUUUAGGCACAGGUCUAUCCAAGGAGCUCUUCAUGGAUGGGAUGCUGGAAAUCAGGCACAUUGCUGCAGGCGCACAUAUGAUCUCCAGCUUAAGUGCAUUCCCCACUACAGGUAAUACCAAGUGAUGGCAGAUUCCACUGUGACAGAGGGUCUUGCACUUCUGGUUACAGGAAAGAUGCCAUCAUAAUGAACAGCCAUUGGGGAAGGAUGAAAAAUGGGGUAUUAGAGCAACCCAGAAUGAAGUAGUAAGUCAAAAGCAAUCUAUAACCAUCUGUGCAGGAUGCUUAUAUCCACCCAUUCAUUUUACCCAGCCUCCCCUUACAGAACAGAAAUGUAGCUUCUUUUAUAUCACAACUGAACUAGAAAGCAUAACAGAAAAAAAAAACCUCAAACUGUUAAGUGAAAGAGCAGAUAUGCUUUCCUCCAAGACUGUGAUAUGUUCUAUUAGUGCAUUUUAAGACAUGGAAAUAACUGUUUUGUAUUAAUUUCAGUUUGUUAAAAGUUUAGCAGAGAUCAGCUGUGUUUUCUUUGUCUGUUUUUAAAUACCAUCUGACCCUGUGCAGGAUUUUUUAAUUAAGUGGGUCUGUUUUAAGCCUACCUCAGCUAGAAUGCUACAGGACCCUGAAUUUCCUCUUGAGUGUGCUCAUUGUAAAGUUGUCUUCUGCUAACGUAGAAGUUGUAACAGUAGCCUUGGCUUUGAGUACAGCUUUACCGAGCAGCACAUGGGAAUGGUGUGUUUUAAGUUGUAUAUGGAUUUUUAUACUACGUAACAUCCUGUGACAAUUUUGAUACAAGAAAGCACUCCACUUUUACUUUUUUAAUUAAAAACAAGAGCACUGAUUGUAUAGGACAUAAGGACUGAACUUUUAUCUUUACUCCGAAUAUCUGUGAAGUAAAAUUCACAUGAAUUUAAAUCCUUCCAAUCCACAACCCCUGCCAGCUGUUUAAAGUGAAUUCUGAAAAGGUUUUGGAAUUGCUUUUGAUAUCUACGUUGUUUUUGUUUUUCAUAAGUUCUUCUGUAUCAUUCCUUGUGUGUCACUCCUCAGGGUGCAGUUGAAGUUGAUUUUUCUUUUUAUUAAUGAAAAAUACAGACUGAUACAGGUUUCAAAGAGCUAAUGAAAUGUGGUAGGGGCACGCUCCAAAUUUGUGCAGAAACACAUGGACCUCUCCGUUGCGGUUCUCUACACAUUCCAGCACUGGUAAAAGUGUGAUGCAGACUAGUUUAAACUGCAGUCCCCUUCCAACCUAGAGAAACUGCAGAAUGGAGCAAUUAGAAAUAUAUAUCCUGUAUUAACAUUGUCAGUUUUAAUUGGACUAAGUCUGUAGAGGGUGAGUCUAUUUUUGGUUGCGUAUGUGUUUUAACGACUUAUAUUUGAAACUAGACCAAGUUGCCCUUAUGAAGAAAAUUUUAAUGACUUAAGCUGCAUGCAUUUUGGUAGCUUGUCUAACAGUGGUAAUGAAAAAAUAAUUAGAACUAGACUUAGACUAUGAGAUUAGUUCUGCAUUUGAAUACACAUGCGGAGCUCUCAUGGAUUUCAGUGGGAACCUCAUGUGUAUAUGUGAGGGCAAAAUUUGUCCCUUUAAGACCAGCACUGCAUGAGGAAUGAAAGCAAUUCACUCCUCUGUUCAGGCUGGAAGUAAUUCACUCCACUGCAGAUCACUAACACAAGGCCCUUCCACCCACAAAGCCCUGCAGGCUCUGUGUUCCUCUUCUCAAUAUCUGUGCACAGAGGGGAGCCUGUCUCUGUAGAAAGUGGGGGGAAGAGCAGUCUCACCUCAGGCGCAUAUUCCUCUCCCUUCCACGUCCCCCAAGCACCUCCUUGGGGCUGCAGCUCUGCAGACCUUCAGGGGCUUAGGGACCUACCUAGGCUCCUGCAGCUUCUCCUCACACAAGCUCUGGGGAAUACAAUUUAAAAGUAAAACAGUCUUUCGCUGAAUUAACUCAUGUUGCCACCACCCCCAACCCCUUCUUUAGCAGGAAGCCCAUGGGAGCAUGGUUCUCGCCGAAGUUGAUGGGCCAGGAAGGACCAGGAUGGUAGACCAGGGACAAGGGAGUCCAUUUGGGAUGCCCUUUGCUUCCUUGAGAUCUGUGUAGAUCUUUGGGGGUCAUGGGAGAUCAAGCUUCCAGCUUCUUGUGUGUGUGAAACUCUGCCUCCUGGCCAGCUGGACAAGCAUAAAAGUUCUCUCAUGGAGUUUCCUCUUCUCCCCUGGGACAGUUUAUCCCAGGUGAGGGACAGCAAGGCCUUGGAAUAAAUCUUACCUAUUACAGUUUGCCUGCCUGGGUGCAGACUCCACAAGACAGAGGUAAAUUGAUUUACAGAGUUUAAAAAAAAAAAAAUACUUGACCCCUGAGAGCUUAAAUUCUGUUUAAAUUAAAAAAUUCAGGCAUUGACUCCUGAAUCCACACACUUGGAUUGUCUCUACCACUGUGAAAGAAAAAGACUACGGUUUGGAGAGUGACAAGAGUCCCUUAUAAUUUCCAUCACACUGCUGUGUGAUCCAGAACAUUACCCCUUGUAAGCCUUCCUCUACAGAUUUCCCCAGUAUGUUCAGUAAAAUAGAUUAGAAAACUUGUGCGGCUGUAGAAAGUGGCGGGAGAGGAGUUUCACCUCAGGACCAUGCUCUUCUCCCCUCCCCUACCCCAAGAACCUCUGUGGGGUUCCAGCUCUACAGGGCCACACACCAUUGUCAGAGCCACAUACUGUUGUAGGCCUAUGCAGCCACUACUGGCUUCUUUUAAUUAGAUCUUUUCAACAGAAGCUCACACAAAAGUGUUGCUACAACCUGGUCAGUUUGCACGUGGGCCUGUCAGACAAUCCCUUGUUAUUUCUCAUUUUAAAAGGUACAUAAAAAGCGCAUAAUAUAUAUCUUUAAAAUGUAAAUGUUAGUGAAGAGAGCUGUGAUUUAUCCAGAAUUUGUAGUGCAAUUUGGCUUCUUAAAUUUAGAAAAGACAGGUGAAACCAGUGUCGUCUCCCAUUAUAGCCUAUAUAAUUAAAGAGAGCUAUAGAGGACAAAUAUACGUAUAUUGGACUGAAGGAAAAAAAUUCAUGAGAUUACAUAUAUCAGAAUUUAAGAGGAAAAGUAUUAAUGUAAUUUAUUAUAUACAUAAUAUUCCAUCAUAUUGUAAAUAAGAACAUUGUAAUGUAGUGCUGUAAUUGGUUUUUGGCUGGUAAUCUGUUGUUGGUCUGUAGGUGUUGUGGGGUUUGUUUGUUUUUUUGUUUGUUUUUUUGUUUUUUUAAGUAUAAUUAAAAAAGAUGGCAAAGAGCACUGGAUACCCUAGUUUCUUAGAUGUUCUAGAGCAAGAAGAAAUGUGAUAUACAGUUUUUUUGCCUUCUUACUUUAAUAUGGAGAUUAUUGAAUAAACUAGGUUAAAGAGAUAAAAUCAAGGCUAAUCCACCACCAACAAAUGCAAAGCACUGGGUCUGAGAUUAUGAUCUGGGGUGUUUACCAGAAUACAGCUCUGCUUUGCCAACCUGGUCCCAUGAGAAGGUAAGAUGCUGAAAAGUACUGGAAUCCUGCAUUCCAAAACAGAUAGUUAAUAAAGCGAAAUGGUUAGGCCUAAUCUCAGGCUUUGCCACCUUUGCAGGGUCUUUUUUAAUAGCAAAGCAGAGCAUUAACCUUGUUGUAGAGUAAUAAUAAAACAUUUUGGCCAGCUCAUCGAUGGAAGAGAGAUUACAAGCUCAGUGAGUCCUUCAGCAGCUUAAAGUAAUAUAUCAAACAUUACAAAAUGGUAUGUUCACAUGUAAAAGACCUCACUGGUCCCUGAAAAUAAGAUUAUCUGUCUUUUUGUUUUGUUUUAAAGGAAAUGAGCUGUUUCUCAUUUUUAUUGACAGCAUUUGUUUGGGAUUCCUCUGAUCAGUAAUGCUGGAUGUCCACAUGAAACAGAAUAGGAACUUCAAGCACAAAUCCAUUUAAAAUGCAUACAGGCUUCUUAGGUGCAGAAGCCCAUGCAAACCACAGAGAAUAGAUGUUCCAGGACUUCUGCAUCCUUGCACAAUAUAGAAAAUGGAUGUGUUUUUUACUGAAACGGGUGUUCAGUAGCAUUUCUGGGUCAAAUGAGCUCAUCUGACAGCUAUGCUGCAAGCAAAUCCAAGUAGAACAAGAUGCAAAACUAAAUUCCAUGCCACUUGGAGAAUCUCCAAGUUUAUAUAGUCGAUUGGUAUGUGAACAUUUAGGGGUCCAGACUUCAUUCUCUCAAUACAGCAAUCAUGAUGUUAACCCAAUACACCAUUGCAUAAAUGCUGUCAAUAAAAAUAUCAAGCUUUCUAACUAAUGAAUGAAGCACAGCGAGGAGACACAAUGUGAUGAAAUGUCAGAAUUAAUGCAUGAGGUAGAACUGCUGUUUUUUCUCCAAUUGUGAUAUGAAGCAUGAAAGACAUUAAUUUAAAUGUUGGCAAAAAAAAGUACAAAGGAACAAAAUAAGUGUUCACAUCUGGUUAAAUAAAAGACAAAACUUGUUUCCUGAUUUCUUCCUAACCAUGACAUUUUUACUUUCAUAAUUUCCCAUAGUUUCCAUCAAUUGGACCUGGUGGAAUAUACAUCACUUCUGUAUAUGUACGUCACCAGAUCAAAAGGAAAAAAAUAAACUUUUUAUAAUUUUGUACCUGUAGCAAAAGUUUGUAUGUUUUUAAUUGGAAACAAAACUUUUUUUGUCUUUUGGUCCAAAUCUGACUGUGUAUUAAUAUCCUUUUUGGAAAACCUGACCUAUGAGUUUAUGCUGUUUUACAGAUUUUAAAUAAAUUCUUAAUACACUGCCAACAAA